AUGACGACGUGACACACCCUUUCACAACCGUCUCCAGUUAGUAACAACAAACAAUCUCCAUCCAUGUAGUACUUUGUGUAAGUCAGUUUCAAACUAUACCAGAUACUGUUUUAGAAUGAGAUACUGUACAAAGAUGCAUGAUGGGGUCCAAUGGCAGCAUGGCCAUAAGAGCUAGUGAUGUUCAGUCUCUGAUUCUGCAGCUUCCUCUUUGUCUUCUGAAGAGUUCUACUACUAGGCCUACUAAUGUAUGUAAAUGGGAUGGAGGUAGUGUAUUUUCUUUCUUUUCGUUAAUGAAACUACUUAGUCAUCCCCUCUCCCUAAUGCAGGUCUGUAGGCCAGUCUUCUUAGCCCUCAGGCUCAACAAACUGCUGCAGUCAGCACUCGGGGAAGGGCUGUGUGUGUUUGGAUGGUGGCCGUGGUUCUUUGUAUUACCAUGUUUCAAAUGAAAGUAUGGGUGAUCAAAUAACUGUGUCUGUGUGGCGUCUUUGUUUUCUGUUUGUGUGUUGUUUAGGGUUAAGGUUAGAAUUAGUGUUAGGGUUAGAAUUAGGUUUAAGGUUAGAAUUAGUGCUUAAGGGUUUAGGAAUUGGUUUAGGGUUAGGUUAGAUAAAUUGAGUAGAUUAGGGUUAGAAGGGAGGUUAGUGUUUGGAUGGUUUAAGGUUUAGAAUUAGUGUAAGGGUUAGAAUAGGUUUAGGGUUAAAGGUAGAAUUAGUGUUAGGGUAUUGGUUUAGGUUUAGUGAAUUAGUGUAGGGUUUAAAUCGGUUAGAGUUAAAUUAGUGAAUAUGUUAGGGUUAGAAUUAGGUUUAAGGUUAGAAUUAGUGUUAGGGUUAGAAUUAGGUUUAGGGUUAAGGAGAAUUAGUGUUAGGGUUAGAAUUAGGUUAGGGUUAAGGUUAGAAUUAGUGUUAGGGUUAGAAUUAGGUUUAGGUUUAAGGUUAGAAUUAGUGUAAGGGUUAGAAUUAGGUUUAGGGUUAAGGUUAGAAUAGUGUUAGGGUUAGAAUUAGGGUUAAGGUUAGAAUUAGUGUUAGGGUUAGAAUUAGGUUUAAGGUUAGAAUUAGUGUUAGGGUUAGAAUUAGGUUUAGGUUUAAGGUUAGAAUUAGUGUAAGGGUUAGAAUUAGAUUUAGGGUUAAGGUUAGAAUUAUUGUUAGAAUUAGGUUUAAGGUUAGAAUUAGUAUUAGGGUUAGGAGCUAGGGUUAGUUUUAGUGUUAAGGUUUUCAGUUUAAGGUUAGGGUUAAGGUUAGGGAAAAUAGGAUUUUGAAUGGGACUGAAUUGUGCGUCCCCACAAGUUUAGUUGUACUAGACUGUGUGUGUGUGAGGGCACGUGUGAAUUGAUGAGUGUGUGCAGCUGCUCAUAUGGAAAGAACAUGGGAGAGAGAUUCUGGUGUGGUCUCAGAGGGGUUCUUAUCUCUGUAGGUGGGAGUUUCUGUGUGUGUGUGGGCGGUGGGGGGGAUUACCUCCUGAGGGGGGUUAGGAGGUUAGUUGGGGAGAUGCACUACUGUUUUCGUUUGGUCAUGGAUUUUACCAGAUUAAAAAUAUUUGUUGCCUUUACCAGAUUAAAAUGAUUAGCUAAGUCUGCACUCCACAUUAUCUAGUUCAGUUCAAGUUCUUCAUCAAUUUUUUUUAGGCUCAUCCUCAGCAGUAGCUGGUUGGAAUGCUCCCAAAUGUGUUUUAUAUGACAAAGUACCAACAUUUUACCCUGAUGGUGUGGCCAUAAACUUGAAUUGACCAUACCUCUUCUGUAUUUGUAUAAUGACAUUAUUUUAACCCCUAGUUGACAGUGUGUCUCUCCUGUAUUGGUAUGGAACAACGUUUUAAACCUUUAUCCAUAGAUUGACCAUCAUGACCACUGUUUUAACCCCUCGUUGACCUCGUGUCUCUCUUCUCUCCUGUGUUUGAAGGAUCCGUCCCCAGAUGGCGAAUGAGAAGAUUGAGGGCUGUCACGUGUGUACGCUGGUCACGCCUGGGGAGCCCCAGGUGUUGCUGGGUAAAGACAAGGCCUUCACAUACGACUUUGUGUUCGACAUCGACUCAGCCCAGCAGCAGAUCUAUGCUGCCUGCGUCCACAAACUCAUCGAGGGCUGUUUCGACGGAUACAACGCUACAGUGUUUGCCUACGGACAGGUACUGAGAGAGAGACACAAACAGACACACGCUCUCAGAUGUGCAUAAUACACACUGGCCUCUUUACACUACAUUACUUUGAUGACACAUACUAGUCCCAGGAAAUAUACUUUUGUAGUGUAAAGAGACGGAUCUAGAUUCAAAUCUUUCUUUGAGAGAUGGUACCUUAAUACCAGUAGACAUCAUUUUGCUCUGUUAGCCUAAUUGAAAACGAAAGGCUUUUAAAAUAUCCACACAUUUGUGAAUUGUUGCAUUAAUCAAGUGUGCAACAUUAUGUGCAAUAUGGUUUAGAUGAGAAGCUCCUGUAUAGUUUGAAUUACUAUCCUUAUUUUGUUUGUCUAUAUACUAUGGUAUUUACGGUAUGCUAAUAUCUGCUCACACACGAAGCAGGAAUGUGGCUUUAGUCACACCACAUCCAAGGCUAAAGUAAGGAUCGUGUAAAAAGAAAAGUUGUAAAUCUGAUGUUGAAGAGAGAUAGAUCUUACUACACACACACACACACACUGCUGAGAGCGGCUAUUUCAAAGAAAGGUCUGUAACUUACUAUACUUAGUUGAAUGCACUGACUGUAAGUGACCAAAAUGUAAUUGUGAUGUGUGUGUGUGUGUGUGUGUGUUAUAAAUAAUGUAUGUGUUAUAAAUAAUAUGUGUGCCUCUCUCUCUGUUUCAGACGGGCUCGGGGAAGACCCAUACCAUGGGGACAGGGUUUGAUGUGAACGUGCAGGAGAAGGACCAGGGUAUCAUACCGCGGGCUGUUCAUCAGCUGUUCCUGGGCAUCCAGGAGAGAAAGAUCCAGGCCCAGCAGCAGGGCACACAUCCUCCAGAGUUUAAAGUCAGUGCACAGUUCCUAGAGGUAAGAACGCACACACAUACAGUAUGCAGGCACCCUCAAACACACGCAGUAGCAGCAGUAGACCCUAGAGUGGGAUACUGUAUCAUGCACACACAGACACACACACACACACACACUUGGGCCACCCAUCCAGCUCACUGUGAAGAAUGGCAGAGGGGAUGAAAAGCUCUCUAGAAUAAAAUAUUGUCCUCCAGGGACGCAUUGUCUAUUGUCGUUUGUCAUUCUUGCCUUUGAUUGAUUGAGUGUGUGCAUGUUUGUGUGCAUGUGUGAAUUUUGUGUGUGUGAAGUAAUAUUAACUUUAACCAGAUGUGAAGGGGAUGCAGGGAUCAGCCCUGGUGAUGCUACAGGAAGUGACAUCGUGAUGAAAAACAGGAUUCUGACGACUGAUCUGAUGUUUGUCAUUAGCUGUGAUGUUACCCAGAAUGAGAAUAUGGACAGACAGACAGAAGUUUGGGAGACAUGAGCUUAUAUGUGUCAUUGACUUUAACUGGCUGUAGCAAGAGGUGCCUGGUACACACUCAGGUGUCUGGCUUUUAGUGAAGUAAUAUUUGAUAUAUAUGUAUAUUAUAUAUGUACCUCACAUGCGACCUGUGUUAAUAUGAACAAAGUCUAUUAAAAUGUUCAUCUAACGCCAUAAAGAUUAUUUAGCAAUGUACAAGCAGGACUGUUGUUGAGUUACAUGAAUAGGCUAUUAAGAAAGGUCUGAGAAUUGUCUAUGAAAGGUAAAUAGGAUUAAUAUCAUUUUAAAUGAAUGAUUCACAUACAAGGCAUAAAGCUUAAGUUACAAGGCAAUACUGGUGAGGGAGGGAGCGAGGGAGCGAGGGAGAGAGGGAGAGAGGGAGAGGAACAAAAAAGGGAGAAAGACACAAUGAAGCUCAGGCCCUUUUAUAACCAUUUGACCAUGUUUGGAUUCAAAGUCUGAGUUGUUGACCACUAGGAUACUGUAGAAGUCAACUUCCAUUCGCAUCAUCAGACCUACGGGAUGUAAAGACAACAACACCUACUGCUUCCCAGAGGUGUGACAGAAUGGGGGAUGUGGAGAGAACAGCACCUACUGCUUCCCAGAGGUGUGACAGAAUGGGCGGUGGAGAGAACAGCACAGAUCAUUUAGCAUUCCUGAGAAGACAAAAGAACCCUUGCAUACAGCGUUGAGAGUCACUUCAGGGGCUAGGGCCCCACUACAGGCUUGUAUCUCUUAGCUCUAUGUGUGUCUGAAGCGCCAACUGUGUAUAUUGCGUGCCGGGGGGGGGGGUCAUUGUCUUGUUAUUGGUAGGCCUGUUGAAUGUAUUGUGUACGAGUAGUGUGUGUGUGUGGGGAGGGAUAAUGUUGUUAUCAUUGAGGGGUAAUAGUGUGUAUUCGUCAGCCUGUCAGUCAGGCCUAUACUCUGUUUUCUCUCUGAGGACUACAGACUACUACAGUAACAGACGACUAAUAUAACCUGCUGCAUUUACUGCUCACUUUCUGCUUAUCUCAAACUACACCUCUCUCUCCCAUCCUCUCCUUCUCUCUAUCUCUGUUUCUGUCUGUGUCUGUAUCUCUCUCUCACUUUCUCUCUGUCUCUUCAUCUCUCUUUCUCUCCCUCCCUCUCUCCCCCCCCCCCCCCCCCCUCCUGUGUGCUGAGGAGGUGACUCCUGACCUCUCAUGACCUUUAACCUUAUUGCUUCCUAAUGGUCAGAGGUUACGUGCUACAACCUUUGAUUCUUGCCCUUUCAUCGCUCACUGUCUACUGUCUCUCUGUGUGUGUGUGUUUGUAUUAGUGUGUGUUUGUAUUAAUGUCUGUGUGUGUGUGUGUGUGUAUUCCAGCUGUACAAUGAGGAGAUCCUAGAUCUGUUUGACGGAGCCAGAGACCCAGACUGUAAGAGCAGGAAGUCUAACAUUAAGAUCCAUGAGGACAGUAGCGGCUCCAUCUACACCACCGGAGUCACCUCACGACUUGUCAGCUCAGAGGAAGAGGUGUGUGUGUUAGUGUGUGUAUAUACGGUACUAACUGUGUGUGUGUGUGUGUGUGUGCUAGGGCUGGGCGAUAUGGACGAAAAAUCAUAUCUCGAUUUUUUGCAAACUUAUGGGCGAUUCACGAUAUACUGUAUAUCUUGAUUUUAAAAAAAUGUUUUCUCGAAAUAAGCUUUGUUGUACAGUUAAAGGUGAAAUACACUGCAUUUCAAACAGUCAGCAAUAACCUAAUGAAUUCAGGGCUUGUGAAAUUAUACCUAGGCUAAAUGUAAUCCUUCCACAACCAUAAGACCCACUAAUAAUGUAAUUAUUUUUAUCAAAAUAGUUUGACCUGCUUUUUUGCAAUAAUCACUGUUCUGGCUUUCAAGUCUGUCUAUGAAAAUGCCCUUUUUGUUACAAAUUUAACCAGAACCAUGCAUAAUGCACAUUCACUAAUAAUGACAAAAAUCUUGUAGUAGGCAUUAUAGAAAAUUAACACAGGUCUCAAACAAUUUCUCAAGCACAAGCCCACGUGCUAGUGAGUAGCCAGCUAAUCUUUUUAUUUCAAGUUUCUAUUUGCUAGUUAAGCAGGUAGAACAUUGAAUUAUUAUGAACACACCCUUCUGUCUGUCUCCAACUUCAAGUUUGAACAGCAUGCUAGCCUGUCCUUUUUGUUCAGAUCAAGUGAAAUCAAGUGGUGUACCUUAUUUCUCAGAAUGAGAACGAGUUGUCAAUUCCUUAUAUAAUUGUGUUUUAUGCUUAUUGUACAUUUAUAAACACAGACUAGACAGCUAGUAUAACAUCCUUUGGCUUAAAUGCUGUUAGCGGUAUAUGGUACCGCAGAGCCGCGUGCGACAAACUGAGCAUACAUUUUCCAGAAUCAAUGUUCAUUGAUACUCCCAUUUUAGUAGUGUCUUCUCUGCGCGCAAUUUGAGGAGUUGAGACAUAAAAAGGGUAUCAUUAGAAAGGUUAACUUCUCCUCUAUUACAGUAAAAUUCUUUCUCAAUGUGUUUUGGUGUCCAUAUGACCGAUUCUGUUGGACCAAAGUUAAAAUGCAAAUAGCGAGUUGAAACUGCUUGUCAGAGAGGAAAAAGCGAUUUCUCAUCUUUGUUGUUGCGAGUGGCAGGGGGAGGGGCUUGGUGGUGUGUGGGAGGGGCAUGGUGUGUGUGGGAGGGGCAUGGUGUGUGUGGGAGGGGCUUGGUGUGUGUGGGAGGGGCUUGGUGUGUGUGUGUGUAAAUGGGAAGGUGCACAGUCAUAGCAGAAGGAGACCAAAAAGACAACAUGAGAACAAGCGGACAUAAAUGCUCAUAAAAACUAAACAUUUAAUAAAAAUGAGGUUAUUGCAAUACAGGCAUUUGGAAAAUUGUGCUAAAACAUACAUUCAAAUUAAUCAAAUAAAUGUGAUGUAUUGCCCAGCCCUAGUGUGUACAGUACUAACAGUUUAUGUAUUACAGAUGUUACAGUGUCUGAAGCUGGGAGCGUUGUCUCGUACCACGGCCAGUACCCAGAUGAACGCAUCCAGUUCCAGAUCUCACGCCAUCUUCACCAUCAACCUCUGUCAGAUGAGAGUCUGUCAACAAACUGAGGUAGGGGGGAGGGAGGGAGAGAGGAGGGUGAGGGCGAGGGCGAGGGCGAGGGAGGGAGUUAUGGAUCAGAGAGGUGGUAGUUACAGUGCUUAUAGAAAGUCUACACCCCCUUUAACUUUUUUUUGUUCAAGCUCUGUCAAGUUCCUUGGGGAGCGUUGAUGGACAGCAAUCUUUAAGUCAUGCCACACAUCAAUCAAUCAAUCAAUUUUAUUUUAUAUAGCCCUUCAUACAUUAGCUAAUAUCUCGAAGUGCUGUACAGACACCCAGCCUAAAACCCCAAACAGCUAGUAAUGCAGGUGUAGAAGCACGGUGGCUAGGAAAAACUCCCUAGAAAGGCCAAAACCUAGGAAGAAACCUAGAGAGGAACCAGGCUAUGAGGGGUGGCCAGUCCUCUUCUGGCUGUGCCAGGUGGAGAUUAUAACAGAACCAUGCCAAGAUGUUCAAAAAUGUUCAUAAGUGACAAGCAUGGUCAAAUAAUAAUCAGGAAUAAAUCUCAGUUGGCUUUUCAUAGCCGAUCAUUAAGAGUUGAAAACAGCAGGUCUGGGACAGGUAGGGGUUCCAUAACCGCAGGCAGAACAGUUAAAACUGGAAUAGCAGCAAGGCCAGGCGGACUGGGGACAGCAAGGAGUCACCACGGCCGGUGGUCCCGACGUAUGGUCCUAGGGCUCAGGUCUCUCAGUUGGCUUUUCAUAGCCGAUCAUUAAGAGUUGAAAACAGCAGGUCUGGGACAGGUAGGGGUUUCGUAACCGCAGGCAGAACAGUUGAAACUGGAAUAGCAGCAAGGCCAGGCGGACUGGGGACAGCAAGGUGUCAGCAUGCCCGGUAGUCCUGACGUAUGGUCCUAGGGCUCAGGUUCUCAGAGAGAAAGAGAGAACGAGAGAAUUAGAGAGAGCAUACUUAAAUUCACACAGGACACUGGAUAAGACAGGAGAAGUACUCCAGGUAUAACCAACUAACCCCAGCCCCCCGACACAUAAACUACUGCAGCAUAAAUACUGGAGGCUGAGACAGGAGCGGUCCGGAGACACUGUGGCCCCAUCCGAAGACUCCUGGGCCAGACUACACUCAAUCAUAUGACCUACUGAAGAGAUAAGUCUUCAGUAAAGACUUAAAGGUUGAGACCGAGUCUGCGUCUCUCACAUGGGUAGGCAAACUGUUCCAUAAAAAUGGAGAUCUAUAGGAGAAAGCCCUGCCUCCCGCUGUUUGCUUAGAAAUUCUAGGGACAAUUAGGAGGCCUGCGUCUUGUGACCGUAGCGUACGUAUUGGUAUGUACGGCAGGACCAACUCGGAAAGAUAGGUAGGAGCAAGCCCAUGUAACGCUUUAUAGGUUAACAGUAAAACCUUGAAAUCAGCCCUUGCCUUAACAGAAAGCCAGUGUAGGGAAGCUAGCACUGGAGUAAUAUGAUCAAAUUUCUUGGUUCUAGUCAGGAUUCUAGCAGCCGUAUUUAGCACUAACUGAAGUUUAUUUAGUGCUUUAUCCGGGUAGCCGGAAAGUAGAGCAUUGCAGUAGUCUAACCUAGAAGUAACAAAUGCAUGGAUUAAUUUUUCUGCAUCAUUUUUGGACAGAACAUUUCUGAUUUUUGCAAUGUUACGUAGAUGGAAAAAAGCUGUCCUUGAAACAGUCUUGAUAUGUUCGUCAAAAGAGAGAUCAGGGUCAAGAGUAACGCCGAGGUCCUUCACAGUUUUAUUUGAGACGACUUUACAACCAUCAAGAUGAAUUGUCAGAUUUAACAGAAGAUCUCUUUGUUUCUUGGGACCUAGAACAAGCAUCUCUGUUUUGUCCGAGUUUAAAAGUAGAAAGUUUUCAGCCAUCCACAUUUGUGAUUGGAUUUAGGUCAGGGCUCUGACUGGGCCACUCAAGGACAUUUACCUUUUUAUUCAUUAGCCACUCCACUGUAGCUUUGGCCGUGUGUAUCGGGUUGUUGUCAUGCUGAAAGGUGAAAUUCUGUCCCAGUUUCAGCUUUCUUACAGAGGGCAGCAGCUUUUCCUCUAGGACUUUUCUGUACAUUGCUCCAUUAAUUUCCCCUUCUAUCCUGAUAAGUCCCUGACGAUGAGAAACAUCCCCAUAACAUGAUGCUGCCACCACCAUGCUUCACAGUAGGGAUGGUGUUCUUUGGGUGAUGUGUUGGGUUUAUGCAUUCAGCCACAUGGCUACAGAAUCAAGUUUUUUUUUGUUGCAUACUUCAAAUGGGAUUCCAGGUGGGCUUUCUUGAGUAAUGGCUUCCUUCUUGCCACCCUACCAUACAAGCAGAAUGUGUGGAGUGUUUGGGAUAUUGUUGUCACAUGCACACUUUGACCAGCCUUAGCCUUAAAAGCCUGUCUCUCUUUCAAAGUUGCCAUUGGACUCUUGGUAGCCUCUCCGAUCUGUCUCCUACUUGCUCGGUCAUCCAGUUUGGAGGGACGGCCUGAUCUAGGCAGGAUAUUUGUGGUGCCGUACACCUUCCACUUCUUAACAAUCGUCUUGACCGUGCUCUAAGGGAUAUUCAAGGCCUUUGAAAUCUUUUUAUACCCAUCCCCUGAUCUGUGCUUGGUCCCGGAGUUCUUUUGAAAGCUCCUUGGUGCUCAUGGUUGAGUGUUUGCUUUGCAAUUCACUACAUUUUACAUUUGAGUCAUUUAGCAGACGCUCUUAUCCAGAGCGACUUACAGUUAGUGAGUGCAUACAUUUUUUUUCAUACUGGCCCCCCGUGGGAAUCGAACCCACAACCCUGGCGUUGCAAGCGCCAUGCUCUACCAACUGAGCUACACGCGGCCAGGAGAGGGAACCUACAGGAACUGCUGAAUUUAUCCUGAAAUCAUGUGAAUCACUACAAUUUCACAGGUGGAGGCCAAUUAACUUGGUGUGUGAUUUUGAAGGUGAUUGGUUACACCCAAGCUAAUUUAUGAUUGCUAUUACAAGGGGGGGGUGGACACUUAUCCAACAAAGAUAUUUCUGUUUUUAUUUUCUGAAGAAAAUCUGGAAUAUGUUUUUUCACUUGGAAGUUGUGGAGUAGGAUGUGUAGGUCAAUGGGGGAAAAAAUGAUUUUAAUGAAUUGUAUUUCCAGGCUACGGCAACAAAAGGUGAACAUUUUUAAAGGUAGUGUAGACUUUCUACAGGCACUGUAGAUGUAUUGACUGAGGGAGGGACGGAAAGAGAAUAAAUAAAGGUAGAGGAAAGAAGGAAAAGAGGAGUGAAAAGGAGAAAGAUUAACGUAUCAGAGUGACAAGUAAAGUAAUAACAGUAAUACAAAGAAUGAAAAAGUUUGAAUAAAGUGGUAAUAAAACACGAAAAGUUUGUUGAUAAUUGUUUACUAAUUGUUGUCUCUCUAUCCCCUCUCUCUCUCUCUCUCCAGGAGAAUGGUGAGGUGAAUGGAGGUGUGAAUGGAGGUGUGAUUGGGGAGGUGAACGGAGAGGUGAAUGGUGUUGGUGGAGAUGGAGGGUCUAUUACCAAGCCUGAGUAUGAGACUCUGAUGGCCAAGUUUCACUUUGUGGACCUAGCUGGAUCAGAGAGACUCAAACGCACCGGAGCAACUGGAGAAAGGGCACGGGAGGGCAUAUCCAUCAACUGUGGACUGGUGAGGAGUGUGUGUGUGCGUGUGUGUGUGUUAAGAAAUAAUACCCCCCCCCUUCCCGGCACACCCUAAUUUUCUGUAAACAAAUCCACGCACAAAGAUACAAUUCAGUGCGUGGUAAAUUUACUGUUGAUGAAAAAAUAAACGUCAUUAUAAAGCCAUGUGGCAUUGGCUACAGUUGAGCAGAGGCGUUUUUAGGAUUUCCAUUCCAUUUUUUAUUUUUUAUACCAUACAAAUGACCGAAAUGAGUGGCUACUCUGACACUGAAAAACUGAGAUCAAUAAAAACAAUCUGGUCUUGACAGGGCUGUUUCGCUAGCACAGACUGGAAUAUGCUCCGGGACUCAUCGAAUGGCAUUGAGGAGUUUACCACAUCUUCAUUAAUAAGUGCAUCGAUGACGUCAUCCCCACAGUGACCGUACGUACAUAUCCCAACCAGAAGCCAUUGAUUACAGGCAACAUCCGCACUGAGCUAAAGGCUAGAGCUGCCACUUUCAAGGAGCGUGACACUAACCCGCUUAUAAGAAAUCCCGCUAUGCCCUCCAACGAAUAAUCAAACAGGCAAUUAUACUAUACCGGCUCUGACUCUCGUCGGAUGUGGCAGGGCUUGCAAACUAUCACGGAUUAUAAAGGAAGCCCAGCCGCGAGCUGCUCAGUGACUCGAGCCAGAUGAGCUAAAUGCCUUCUAUGCUCGCUUCAAGGCAAGCAACACUGAACAAUGCGUGAGAGCACCAGCUGUUCUGGACGACUGUGUGAUCACGCUCUCCGUAUGUCACGAUCGUCGGGUACAGAGGACCAAGGCGCAGCGUGAAAGGUGAACAUAUUUAUUAAAUAAUGAAAACACGAACAAAACAACAAACGAUAACGUGACGUCCUCGGUCUAACACAAACCACACUGGAACAAGAUCCCACAAACACUGUGGGAAAACUGGCUGCUUAAGUAUGGUUCCCAAUCAGAGACAACAAGCAACAGCUGAUACACGUUGCCUCUGAUUGAGAACCACACUUGGCCAACAUAGAAAUACAAAACUAGAACAAAAACAAAUGAAAACUCACACCCUGGCUCAACAUACUAGAGUCCCCAGAGCCAGGGCGUGACAGUACCCCCCCCCCCCAAAGGCGCGGACUCCGGCCGCGCCAACCAAACACCACAGGGGAGGGACCGGGUGGGCACUCCGCCUUGGCGGCGGAUCCGGCUCCGGGCAUGAUUCCCACUCCCUCUCCAACCCCCCAAAGUACCCCUGGUCCGGUCUGACCCUGCUGGCCGGAGCUGGACUGAACACCGGUGGAGCGGAUUGCUCUAGCUCCGGCGUGGAGCAACUGACCGGUGCCGAACCAGGCACCGGUGGAACAGGCACGGGCUGUGCCGGACUGACGACGCACACCACUGGCUUGGUGUGGGGAGCAGGAACAGGCCAAACCGGGCUGACGAUGCGCACCAUAGGCUUGGUGCGUGGAGCAGGAACAGGCCGAACCGGGCUGACGAUGCGCACCAUAGGCUUGGUGCGUGGAGCAGGAACAGGCCGGGCCGGGCUGACGAUGCGCACCAUAGGCUUGGUGCGUGGAGCAGGAACAGGCCGGGCCGGGCUGACGACGCGCACCACAGGCUCGAUGCGAGGAACAGAAACAGGCCGGACCGUACUGGGGACACACACCACUGGCCCUACGCAGGGAUCAGGAACGGGCCGGACCGGACUGGUAACACACCCCAGUACCUCUCGCCGUGCCUCUACACUUUCCCUCUCCUCUGUGACCAGUGGCCCCCUUAACCUGACGGCCUCCUCUGCAAACCCGCUGGACCGCUCUAUCGCGGCCUCCUGCUGCCCCGUCAUCCACGGCGUGAGCCCCCCCCUAAAAAUUUCUGGGGGCCUCUCCUCCCCGUGGGCCAGGCUCAGUCGAGGUUGAUGUCCUUUAGCGAUACCUCUGGCGCUGGCUCCUGGACACGCUGCUUGGUCCAGUGUUGGUGGGAUCUUCUGUCACGAUCGUCGGGUACAGAGGACCAAGGCGCAGCGUGAAAGGUGAACAUAUUUAUUAAAUAAUGAAAACACGAACAAAACAACAAACGAUAACGUGACGUCCUCGGUCUAACACAAACCACACUGGAACAAGAUCCCACAAACACUGUGGGAAAACUGGCUGCUUAAGUAUGGUUCCCAAUCAGAGACAACAAGCAACAGCUGAUACACAUUGCCUCUGAUUGAGAACCACACUUGGCCAACAUAGAAAUACAAAACUAGAACAAAAACAAAUGAAAACUCACACCCUGGCUCAACAUACUAGAGUCCCCAGAGCCAGGGCGUGACACCGUAGCUGAUGUGAGUUAGACCUUUAAACAGAUUAACAUCCACAAGGCCGCAGGGUCAGAUGGACUACCAGGAUGCAUAUUCAGAGCAUGCGCUGACCAGCUGGCAAGUGUCUUCACUGACAUUUUCAACCUCUCCCUGACCCAGUCUGUAUUAUCUACAAUUUUCAAGCAGACCACAAUAGUCCCUGUGCCUAAGACUGCCAAAGUAACCUGUCUAAAUGACUAUCGCCCCGUAGCACUCACAUCUUUAACCAUGAAAUGCUUAGAAAAGCUGGUCAUGGCUCACAUCAACACCAUCAUCCCAGACACCCUGCACCCACUCCAAUUCACAUACCGCCCCAACAGAUCCACAGAUGACGCAAUCUCUAUUGUACUCCACACUGCCCUUUCUCACUCAGACAAAAGGAACACCUACGUGAGAAUGCUGUUCCUUGACUACAGCUCAGCGUUCAACACCAUAGUGCCCCCCAAGCUCAUCACAAAGCUAAGGACCCUGGGAUUGAAGACCUUCCCCUGCAACUGGAUUCUGGACUUCCUGACGGGCCGCCCCCUGGUGAUUUAGGUAGACAACAACACAUCCGCCACGCUGACCCUCAACACGGGGGCCCCUCAGGGGCACGUGCUUAGUCCCCUCCUGUACUCCCUGUUCACCCACGACUGCUUGGCCGCGCAUGACUCCAACACCAUCAUUAAGUUCCUUGGUGUCCACAUCACUACGGAUCUAUCAUGGUCCAAACACACCAUCACAGUUGUGAAGAUGGCACAAAAACGCCUCUUCCCCCUCAGGACGCUGAAAAGAUUUGGCAUGGGACCUCAGAUCAUCAAAAAGUUCUACAGCUGCACCAAAAUAACGAAGUAUCCCUUUAAUCCAGUAAUUUUUUUGAAACUAUUGAUCCUCUGUGGCCAAAUUAUGCUCUCUGGUGUAUUUUGAACAUUGAGAGCGGGCUCCUGUGAUUGGAUAAAAAAAUAUAUAAUAAUAUUUGUUUUGCCCCAUAUGGGCCCCUUCGUUAAUCCGCCCCUGUUUGUGAGUGAGUGUAUGAUGAUGAUGUUGUGUAUGUGUUCUAACUGGUGCUGAGAAACGUGAUAAUGAUGAGUAUUUGUUCUAGCUGGCUUUGGGGAAUGUGAUCAGUGCUCUGGGGGACCAGGCUAAGAAAGGAGGACAUGUUCCCUACAGAGACUCUAAACUAACGCGCCUACUACAGGACUCACUGGGAGGAAACAGGUAACACGCACACACAAACACACACCCACACACACACUAGUAAGUCUCUAUAACAUGUCAUAUUCCUUUCCUCUCUGCCCAUACCGCUCCUCUCUCCAGUCGUACGGUGAUGAUCGCGUGUGUGAGUCCGUCGGACCGGGACUUCAUGGAGACCCUGAACACUCUGAAGUAUGCCAACAGAGCCAGGAACAUCAAGAACAAGGUGGUGGUGAACCAAGACAAGACCAGCCAACAGAUAUCUGCUCUGAGGGGCGAGAUCGCCAGGCUACAAAUGGAACUUUUGGAGUAUAAAGCGGUAAGGAGAGAAGGAGGGAUAGAAGGAGGGACAGAGGUUUGGGAUGGGGGGAGGGAGGGAUGGAUGGGGUAAGGGGGGGGGGUAGAGAGAAUGAGGGAGGGAUGGAGUCAGGGAGCAAUGGAUAGAGGGAGAGAAGAAGGGAAAUGGAUAGAGAAAGGAAGGGGGAGAGGUUGGAGGAUGGAGAAGUGGGUGGAGGGACCAAUGGAGAGAGGAAGCGAUGUAGGGACUUGGGAGAGAAAAAAGGAAGGGAUGGAAGGAUGGAAAGAAGGAAUGGAAAUAUUAUUAUUAUUAUAUAAAAAAAAAAAGAUCCAUUCCCUCAUGUUAAUCAACUUUAAUCUUUGGCCUGGAAGAUUACAGGAAGCGAGGGAUGGUUUAGAACAAUAAUGUGAUUAAGAGAGAGUUCAUGGUUAACUGAGUUAAUGGUGCGUAACCAAUGGAUGACCUUGUUGAGUUACAGGAAAGAUCCGAUCUGACGGAUCUGUGUUGGAGAGUAAUGGAGCAUGUGAUUGGUUGAAAUAGUGUUGUCUAAUUUAUGAUUGGCUGAGGUGUUGUUGACCAGUAUGUCAAGAAAUAAAAUGGAAAAUAGGAAUUUUUACGAACAAGUGAUACAAAAAUCUAUAUUCUGUUUGUUGAUUGGAUGAAAUGGCAUUGUUCUGUAUGUUCAUUGGAUGAGAUAACAUCUUCCUGUAUGUGUAUUGUCCCCCUCCCCAGGGUAAGCGUGUGGCGGGUGAAGACGGCUCAGAGGGCUUCAGUGAUCUGUUCCAAGAGAACUCUAUGUUACAGAGAGAGAACGACACGCUACGCAUGAGAGUCAAAGCCAUGCAGGAGACCAUCGACCACCUCAACACACGGGUCACCACGCUCCUCGCCAACGAGGUCAGCACGCUGCUCGCUAAGUCAGGUAAGACCGAGAGAGGCGACGCACACACUCUCCAACGGGAUUGGCUGAUUGUUGCAGAUUGUGGCUGUCUGAAAACAUUCAUAGCUAUUAAAUCAUUUUUCUCGCCUUCCUUGUUUACUCAAUUUCUACACGUCCCUCUCAAAGCUCAUUGGAGGAGAGGAUCCAAGGUCUAUCCAUCCCUUAGACCUUCUCCUCCAAUGAGCUUUGAGAGGAAUUGAGGAAACAAGGAUUUGACAGCUAAUAAGGCUUUCAGACACAGUCCAUAUCAUGUAGUUAAGAAUUGUUAACCUCUUAUGUCUCACUGUGACCUCACGGUACCUGACUGUGAACUCUGACCUUUUGACCUCUAGGUGAGGGCAAUGAGGAGAUUGGUGCUCUGAUCCAGAACUACAUCAGAGAGAUCGAGGAGCUCAGGUAAGAGUCUGUAAUGAGCUUUAGACUGAGUGGGGGGAAAGCAGUUGACUGAGUUGCAGCUCACUGUGUUUUACCGUUACUGUACUGUUCAUGGAGUUUUUAUUUUGUUGUAGUUUGAGGAACUUUCAGAUUAUGUUCUGUAUACAGUAAGAGUUAAGUUUGACAAAUGACAUCUGGUUUGUCUUCUUGUUCUCUCUACCCCCCCCCCCCCCCCCCCCCCCUCCACCCCCCUGCCCCCCAGAUCUAAGCUCCUGGAGAGCGAGUCGAUGAACGAGUGUCUUCGUCGCAGUGUAACCCGUCUCUCCUCCCGUUCCCCGUUCUCCGCCUCCUCCUCUCAUAACUCCACCCCGGGGCCACACCCCUUAGGCUCCUCCCCUUCCCUUUCCAUGGAGGCGGAGAUGACGGACGUGAUUCGUCGAGCCAAGACAGACAUCGAGAGGCUGAAGAAGAAGGAGAGGAGACAGAGGAGGAUGAGGUAAGAGGAGGAAGGGAGAGGAGAGGAGAGGAAAGGAGAGGAGAGGAGGACAGGAGGAAACUGCCAUUGACAGCAAGAAUUGAAGGGGGCAAGAGCAGGGUUGGGCACAGUCCCAUUUCUAUUCAGCGAGUGAAUGGAAUUGGAAUGGGGCCAGGAUGGUAGUGUAGUAAUGAUCGCACAGUGAUAAGCAGCUCUCAUUCUCUCAUUAACCAGUGAGAGGGAGAGGGAGAGGGGAGCAUGGACAAAGUCACAGGUUAACACAGGCUAAUUCACUUAUAAUCAGAGAUAGAGAGGGACAGAUAGAGGGAGAUCAAGAAAGGGAGAGUGAGAGGUCUCUGCUAAUAACUGAGCUCUCCAUGUUCACUUGGCAACAGUCCCAAAACAAAAUGGCUGAUUUUUUUGGAAGAGUCCCAAAUUAAAUCAGACAAAUCAAAUCAGAGGCACAUGGUGUGUAAUGAAUGGGUAAUCAAUAUUAGUAAUAGAUUCAUAUGGUAAAUAAAAAAUAAACAUUCUUAUUGGGUCACAGCUGUUAUGAGCUAUGCCUUCUCUCUCUCUACUUGUAUGUAUGUAUGUAUGUAUGUAUGUAUGUAUGUAUGUAUGUAUGUAUGUAUGUAUGUAUGUAUGUAUGUAUGUAUGUAUGUAUGUAUGUAUGUAUGUAUGUAUGUAUGUAUGUGUGUGUGUGUGUGUGUCUGUGAGUGUCCUACUCUGAUGCCUGUCAAUCUUUUCUAACUGCAGCCCAGAGAAAGAGAAAGGGUUGAAGAAACGAGUGAAGCUUCAUUCUCAUGAGAACGGACAGAACGGAGAAAACGGACAGAUGGACUCGGAUGUGAUGUCACCUCUGCAGGAGGAAGAGAGCGGGUGUGACGAGGAAGAAGAGGAGGAGGAUGAGGAGGAAGGGAGAGAUGAAGAGGAGUUUGACAGUGAUGAGAGUCUGGUGGACUCAGACUCUGACUCUGAUGAGAAAGGUUAGUGGAUGACAACAAUGACAGUGGCAGAAAUGUCUCCAUUCCAGUUCAACCUAUUGCCUUUGUGUACUGUUGCUUUGACAGGAUUGAUGGGCAUCAGCAAUAUGGUGAAAGUAACAUUUUGUCCUCUGUUUGGCUGUACGGUACUUUUACCAUAUUGCUUACCUAUCCAAUCCUUUCAGAUCUACAAGGAGUGCCUAAUUAGCAUUAGGGCUAGGAGUUAAUUUGAAAUCUGCAACUGCCCCACUCUACUAUAACAUGUCUGUCUGAGAGCCACAGUUUUCACCUUUCACCUCUUGACCCUUGACCUCUCUUUGCCCUCUGCCCUCUAUCCCCCUGCAGCUAAUUUCCAGGCGGAUCUGGCAGACCUGACGAGUGAGAUUGAGAUCAAGCAGAAGUUGAUCGAUGAGCUGGAGAACAGUCAGAAGAGACUGCUGCAGCUCAAACUACAGUAUGAAGAGAAACUCAUCCUGCUGCAGAACAAGAUCAGAGACACACAGCUGGAGAGAGAUAGAGUACUGCACAACCUCAGUGAGUAGAACUAUGAACUAUGGGUAGUGUAGGCACACAGGAUCCCCUCAGUGAGUGGAGUGACUCAUAGAUGCUGAAUAGACACACUGCUCUCUGUCUCGAAUGUACCUCUUUCAAACACACUCUCUCUCUUUCAUCUCCUCCUCUCUUCUAUCUCCCUUCCCUCUCUCCUCCUUCAGUGUCUAUGGAGAACUACACAGAGGAGAAGGCUAGUAGGAUUAAAUCAGAGUAUGAGAAGAGGCUGAAGGAGAUGAACAGAGACCUGAUGAAACUACAGGCAGCACAGAAGGAACACACUAGGCUACUGAAGAACCAAGGACGCUAUGAACAGGCACUGAAGAAACUACAGCAGGAGGUCAACGAGAUGAAGAAAGCCAAGGUAAGGAGGAGGAGAAGGGGAGAAAGAGGAGAAUGAGGUGUGGAGGGGGGGACAAGGAGGAGAAGGAGGAGCAGGGGAUGGUGCUAGCUCUAUAGGCUACAUUAAGUGCAUUUCUAUCUGCAAUAUUUCUAUCAUAUGCAAUGUUGAGACCUUGCCCAGCCCCUACCCAAUAAAUGAGACAAAGGAAACAAAGCUAGGAAACGCUGAUGUCAAGAACUUGGUCAACAUUGAGACCUUGCCUCUCAAUAAGGCUCAGGCACUGAUGGUACUCUCCAGCUAAGUGCAGUGUGUCCUCCUGUCCCCAGGUGGCGGUGAUGAAGCAGAUGAAGGAGGAGCAGCUAAAGAGGAGGAUGAUGGAAGCCAAGAGGAACAGAGAGAUCGCUCAGCUCAAGAAGGAGCAGCGACGACAGGAAGUAUGUGUGUGUGUUUCUGUGCUGAAAGAAAGUUCCUGCUUCACAUGAUAACCCCCAGUAGACUGCACCUAGGUUCUAAAGCCAUCACCCUUCUGGUUACCAGUUGAUCUCCUACUGUCUUAUCAACCGGUCUGGGAUUUGAACCAGCAACUUUUCGGCUAUUGGUCUGCUUCUCUAACCUCUAGGCUGCCCUCGGAUCUACAUUUUCAUGUAUUGUUGUUAGUGUAUGUCUCUUUCUCUCUUUCUCUGUUACCCAUUUCCAGGUUACUGACAUUGAGAAUGUAUGGUUAAUAUACAGAAUCACACAUAUAUUGACUGACCUCUCCCCCAUCAGUACCAGAUUCGUUCGUUGGAGUGUCAGAAGCGUCAGCAGGAGCUGGUCCUGAGGAGGAAGAGCCAGGAGGUGACAGCCUUACGACGGCUGGCUAAACCAAUGUCUGGACGUAUGGCUAGACGACUACAGCCCCUAGACUCUGGAGCAGAACUGUCUGCCAGCACCACCUCCUCUGAACCAGAGUCCAACCGGUAAGUAGUGCUGCUAUGCAGAGGUUGAGUCUAUUGUCUAUAGUGCUAACAUACACUGUAAAAAAAAACAGUAUGUUACUGUACCAUAUUUUACGGUAUACUGUUAAUAUUUUUAUGGUAUACUAUUUUACAGUAUACUGUUAAUAUUUUUAUGGUAUACUAUUUUACGGUAUACUGUUAAUAUUUUUAUGGUAUAAUAUUUUACGGUAUACUGUUAAUAUUUUUAUGGUAUACUAUUUUACGGUAUACUAAUACUGUUACUGUAAUUGAUUUACAGUACCAAUAAUUAUACUGUAGUCGUUUUACGGUAACAAAUACUCUUACUGUAAAGCCUUAUUUGCAUAUUUUCCAGAAUGCCUUUAGAGUGAAUUGUAGAGUUUUUUUGUAUUAUGAGAUUUGUAUGUAUUAUGGAUCCUCAUUAGCUGCUGCCAAGGCAGCAGCUACUCUUCCUGGGGUUUAUUAUGGAUCCCCAUUACUUCCUGCCAAGGCAGCAGCUACUCUUCCUGGGGUUUAUUAUGGAUCCCCAUUAGUUCCUGCCAAGGCAGGGUUAUACAAUUAAGGCAGUUUAUACAAUUUAUAAAACAUUACAAUACAUUCCCUCAGGCCCCUACUCCACCACUACCACAUAUCUACAGUACAAAAUCCAUGUGCAUCGUAUGUGUGAAUGGAUGUGUCUGUGCCUAUGUUUGUGUUGCUUCACAGUCCCCGCUGUUCCAUAAGGUGUAUUUUUAUCUGUUUUUUUUAUUGUACUGCUUGCGUCAGUUACUUGAUGUGUAAUAGAGUUCCAUGUAUUCAUGGCUCUGUUUAGUACUGUGCGCCUCCCAUAGUCUGUUCUGGACUUGGGGACUGUGAAGAGACCUCUUGUGUCUUGUGGGGUAUGCAUGGGUGUCCGAGCUGUGCACCAGUAGUUCAAACAGACAGCUUGGUGCAUUCAACAUGUCAAUACCUCUCAUAAAUACAAGUAGUGAUGAAGUCAAUCUCUCCUCCACUUUGAGCCAGGAGAGAUUGACAUGCAUAUUAUUAAUAUUAGCUCUCUGUGUACAUCUAAGGGCCAGCCGUGCUGCCUUGUUCUGAGCCAAUUACAAUUUUCCUAAGUCCCUUUUUGGGGCACCUGACCACAUGACUGAACAGUAGUCCAGGUGCGACAAAACUAGGGCCUGUAGGAUCUGCGUUGUUGAUAGUGCUGUUUAGAAGGUAGAGCAGAGCUUUAUUAUGGACAGACUUCUCCCAAUCUUAGCUACUGUUGUAUCAAUAUUUUUUGAUCAUGACAGUUUGCAAUCCAGGGUUACUCCAAGCAGUUUAGUCACUUCAACUUGCUCAAUUUCCACAUGAUUUAUUAUAAGAUUUAUUUGAGGUUUAGGGUUUAGUGAAUGAUUUGUCCCAAAUACAAUGCUUUUAGUUUUAGAAAUGUUUAGGACUUUUCCUUGCCACCCACUCUGAAACUAACUGCAGCUCUUUGUUAAGUGUUGCAGUCAUUUCAGUCGCUGUAGUAGCUGACAUGUAUAGUGUUGAGUCAUCCGCAUACAUGGACACUGGCUUUACUCAAAGCCAGUGGCAUGUCAUUAGUAAAGAUUGAAAAAAGUAAGGGGCCUAGACAGCUGCCUUGGGGAAUUCCUGAUUCUACCUGGAUUAUGUUGGAGAGGCUACCAUUAAAGAACACCCUCUGUGUUCUGUUAGAGAGGUAACUCUUUAUCCACAAUAUAGCAGGGGGUGUAAAGCCAUAACACAUACGUUUUUCCAGCAGCAGACUAUGAUCGAUAAUGUCAAACGCUACACUGAAGUCUAACAAAACAGCAUCCACAAUAUUUUUAUCAUAAAUUUCUCUCAGCCAAUCAUCAGUCAUUUGUGUAAGUGCUGUGCUUGUUGAAUGUUCCUUCCCUAUAAGCAUGCUGAAAGUUUGUUGUCAAUUUGUUUACUGUAAAAUAGCAUUGUAUCUGGUCAAACACCAUUUUUUCCAAACACUUACUAAGGGCUGGUAACAGGCUGAUUGGUCAGCUGUUUGAGCCAAUAAAGGGGGCUUUACUAUUCUUAGGUAGUGGAAUGACUUUUGCUUCCCUCCAGGCCUUGGGGCACACACUUUCUGGUAGGCUUAAAUUGAAAAUAUGGCAAAUAGGAGUGGCAAUAUCGUCCGCUAUUAUCCUCAGUAAUUUUCCAUCCAUUGUGUCAGGCCCCGGUGGCUUGUCAUUGUUGAUAGACAACAAUAAUUAUUUCACCUCUUCCACACUCGCUUUACAGAAUUAAAAUUACAAUGCUUGUCUGUCAUAAUUUGGUCAGAUAUACUUUGAUGUGUAGUGCCAGUGUUUGUUGCUGGCAUGUCAUGCCUAAGUGCGCUAAUCUUGCCAAUGGAAAAAUAAUUAAAGUAGUUGGCAAUAUCAGUUUGUUUUGUGAUGAAUGAGCCUGUAUCUGAUCCAAUGAAUGAUGGAGCUGAGUUUGCCUUGUUUCCCAAAAUGUCAUUUAAGGUGCUCCAAACUUUUUACUAUCAUUCUUUAUGUAAUUUAUCUUUGUUUGAUAGUGUGGUUUCUUCUUCUUUUAUUUAGUUUAGUCACAUGAUUUCUCAAUUUGCAAUACAGUUGCCAAUCGGUUGUGCAGCCAAAAUUACUUUCCAUUCCUUUUGCCUCAUCCCUCUCAACCAUGCAAUUUUUCAAUUCCUCAUCAAUCCAAGGGGAUUUAACAAUUUUUACAGUCAUUUUCUUAAUGGGUGCAUGCUUAUUAGUAACUGGAAUAAGCAAUUUCAUAAAUGUGUUAAGUGCAGCGUCUGUGUGCUCCUCAUUACAUACCAUGGACCAACAAAUAUUAUUUACAUCAACAACAUAGGAAUCCCUACAAAACGUAUUGUAUGACCUCUUGUACACGAUAUUAGGCCCAGCCUUUGGAACUUUGGUUUUCCUAGAUAUGGCUACUAUAUUGUGAUCUCUACAUCCGAUGGAUCUGGAUACUGCUUUCAAGCAAAUUUCUGCAGCAUUAGUAAAGAUGUGGUCAAUAUAUGUUGAUGAUUUCAUUCCUGUGCUGUUUUUAACUACCCUGGUAGGUUGACUUAUAAACGGAACUAGGUUGCAGGCACUGGUUACAUUUUGAAGCUUUUUCUUGAGUGGGCAGCUUGAUGAAAGCCAGUCAAUAUUUAAAUCACCCAGAAAAGAUACCUCUUUGUUGAUAUCACAUACAUUAUCAAGCAUUUCACACAUGUUAUCCAGAUACUGACUGUUAGCACUUGGUGGUCUAUAGCAGCUUCCCACCAGAAUGGGCUUUAGGUGAUGCAGAUGAACCUGUAGCCACAUUACUUCAACAGUAUUUAACAUGAGAUCUUCUGUAAUCUUUACAGGAAUGUGGUUCUGAAUAUAAACAGCAACACCUCCACCAUUGGUAUUUCUAUAUUUUCUGUAAAUGUUAUAACCUUGUAUUGCUAACACUGUAUCAUCAAAGGUAUUAUAUAAGUGAGUUUCAGAGAUAGAAUAUGAAUGUCAUCUGUUACUAGCAAAUUAUUGAUUUCAUGAACCUUGUUUCUUAAGCUACAUAUGUAAACAUGGGCUAUUUUGAGCACUUUUCUUCUGGGAUGCUUACUUGUUGCCUUGAUUACACACACACAAAAGGAACAGUCCACAAACACAAAGUAACAAACAUAAAUCUAUGGCUCCCAUCAGAGCAACAGCUUACAUCGUUUGCUUGAUGGGUCAAGCAACAUAGAAACGACAACUGAACACACGAGAAACAGAAAACAUAGAAUGAACACACCCUGGCUCAACAUAAUGAGUCCCCGAGCCAGGGUGUGACAGUUUUCAUUGCUUUACUGGGAAGCUUAAAAUCAAAUCAAAUGUAUUGGUCACAUACACAUGGUUAGCAGAUGUUAUUGCGAGUGUAGCGAAAUGCUUGUGAUUCUAGUUUCGACAGUGCAGCAAUAUCUAGCAAGUAAUAUCUAACAGUUCCACAACAAAUACCUAAUACACACAAAUCUAAGUAAAGAAAUGGAAUAAGAAUAUGUAAAUAUAUGGAUGAGCAAUGUCAUUGUCAGAGCGGCAUAGGCUAAGAUGCAAUAGAUAGUAUAGAAUGCAGUAUAUACAUAUGAGAUGGGUCAUGCAAGAUAUGUAAACAUUAUUAAAGUGGAAUUAUUAAAGUGACUAGUGUUCCAUUUAUUAAAGUGGCCAGUAAUUUUCAAGUCUGUAUGUAGGCAGCAGCCUCUCUGUGCUAGUGAUGGCUUUUUAACAGUCUGAUGGCCUUGAGAUAGAACCUGUUUUUCAAUCUCUCGGUCCCAGCUUUGAUGCACCUGUACUGACCUCGCCUUCUGGAUGAUAGCGGGGUGAACAGGCAGUAGCUCGGGUGGUAGUUGUCCUUGAUCAUCUUUUUGGCCUUCCUUUGACAUCGGGUGCUGUAGGUUUCCUGGAGGGCGGGUAGUUUGUCCCCGGUGAUGCGUUGUGCAGACCGCACCACCCUCUGGAGAGCCCUGCGGUUGUGGGCGGUGCAGUUGCCGUACCAGGCGGUGAUACAGCCCGACAGGAUGCUCUCAAUUGUGCAUCUGUAAAAGUUUGUGAGGGUUUUAGGUGACAGGCCAAAUUUCUUCAGCCUCCUGAGGUUGAAGAGACGCUGUUGCGCCUCCUUCACCACGCUAUCUGUGUGGGUGGACCAUUUCAGUUUGUCAGUGAUAUGUACGCCGAGGAACCUAAAACGUUCCACCUUCUCCACUGCUGUCCCGUCGAUGUGGAUAGGGGGGUACUCCCUCUGCUGUUUCCUGAAGUCCACGAUCAGAAGUUAAUUUGCUCAUGUUAUUUAUGUUUGUGCAGGGUGAGCUGCACACAGUGGACUUCCUCCUAGGGCACACGGCCUCAGUGUUAACAGUAUAAAUCAGGUUCAUAGGCACGUGAUUACUGUUUACAAUAGAUGUAGGAUCAGCAGAGGCAUUCAGGGCAGUUAGAAGGACAUAAAUUAGGUUACUUACAUUGUGUCUACCAACGCCCCUGGUGUAAUGUACAUUUACUGAAGCUCUAUGGCAACUCUGCGUCACAAUGGUAGGGAUUAGCUGAGCUGGGCUUGGGUCAUUGAUAAGUCAUUGUCUCAACGCAGCCUUAUAAUGCUGUGAAAGGAUCCAGGAACCCAAAUGAUUUGGGUGGAUUCCAUCCUCAUUAUAAAACGUGUUUUGUUUCCAAAAGGUAUCAAAAUUGUCAACAAAAGUUACACCCAUUGAGCUGCAAUAAUCACAUAGCCAGCUAGAGAAGGAAUCCUGCUAAAGCGUUCAAUGCCACGAUUCAGAGAGGGCACAGGGCCAGAUAUGAUGGGUAUUUUGUUAGCAGAGAGUCAAUCAGCUCUUUAAAAUCCAGUUUCAGCUGUUCAGAGCUGGCCUUCAUGAUGUCAUUAAAACCCACAUGUCCUGAUGUAGUACAUUCGGGAGCAGCUUAGUAAUGUCUUUUACUCAAACUCCGGGAUAGGACAUUGUUUUUGCACCAGGAACGGUCACAUUUCUAAUUACCCAUGACUGUAUUUGUUAGUGACAGAGACAUGGUUGUUGGCUUCCUUCAUUUUCAGUCCUGUGGCCUUCACUAAGUGAAAAUGAUUUAUUUGUAUGUCUUUCUCACUGUAUAUUUUUUCUAGAAUAUAAAUGCAAUGCUACAAACAAAGCAAUGCAGAUAAAAUAACAAAACCGGUACAAAUUAACUAAGAACAAAAUAUUACAUUUAUAAUAAUAAUUUGCAAAAAUGUUUUCUCUCUUGCUUCAGAGAAUGUGCUUUGAUUUGGUUGCUUUUAAUGUCGCAUUCUACUUGGAAUAUUCACAAAUACAGUAAGUGAACUGCUACUGUGUUUUAUGUAGCAUUUUUUACGGUAAUGUCCAAAAUACAUCUAAUAUUACCUGUCCAUUGAAUCUCAGUCCACAAUGUAAUUUACGGUAAUCUACUGUAUUCAGUUUAUACAGUAUGAAUGAAGUCUGUUGAUUAUACUGUAAUUUACCAUGACAAUUACAGUGUAGGAAACAGGUUCCAGUGUGUCUGCUGAACAGUUGAUAUAAACAGUACUUUUUAAAACUUUCUUUCAUUUCAUAGUUUGUGUUUGUUGUUUAUAUUGUGUUUCAGUUGAAUUAUAACUUCGUUUUAUAAUGUACAAUUACUAGAUACUAAAAUAUCUCGCUUUCUCUCUCUGCUCUCUCUCUCUCUCACACUCUAUCUCUCUAUCUCUCUCUUUUUUCCUCUCUCUCUCUCAGGACCACCUCAACCAACGUGUCUAACAUAGUGAGACAGUGGAACACCAAGAUGAAUGGCUACCUGGGAGAGAGCGAGAGGGUGACCACCAACGGGACACAGGUUAUUGGGUGAGUCAUGGCAGGGAGUGUGUGUGUGUGUGUGUGUGUGUGUGUGUGUGUGUGUGUGUGUGUGUGUGUGUGUGUGUGUGUGUGUGUGUGUGUGUGUGUGUGUGUGUGUGUGUGUGUGUGUGUGUGUGUCAUAGAUUGUCAGGUCAGAUGCAGAGCAGGGAUGCAUGUGUUUGUAUCUGUGUGUGUUUGUAUCUGGUGUGCGUACAUGUUUUUGAUGCAUCGUCAGGUCAGAGACAGAGAACGGAUGAGGGUGUGUGUGUGUGUGUGUGUGUGUGAGAGAGAGUGUUAGUGUGAGACUUGAGUGUGUUUGUUUGUGUUUGUGUGUGCGUGCCUGCGAGCCUGCAAGGUCAGAUUCAGAUUAGGUAUGACUCUGUUGACAUUUACUUAGCCAAGGCUUUUGUCAGUUUCAAUAAAGUUGUAUUACAUUUUACAAAGCCAUUUAUCGAAUUACCUUCAAAUGAAAUUGACAGGAGUGACUUUGUUAGUCUGAUAAUCUCUCUCCCUCCUUCCUCCUCUUUCUCCCUCUCCUUCCCUCCUACUCUCUCCUUUCUUCCCCCACCUCUACCUAUAACCCUCUCUUUCCCUAUCCUUUCUCUCUCUCCUCUAACUUCUCCCUCUCCCUCUCUUCCCCUCUCUCCCCCUUCCUCCCUCACUCCCUGGUCCCCUCCACUCUCUUCCCCUACUCCAGCAGCAGUACUAAGGUUUGAUAUAGCUUUGAUAUGACUGACAGUUGAUAUGUAUUGUAAUGUCCUGAACUGUAUCUUUCUCUCUCUGUGCAGCAGUAGGAAGCGUGUCCAGCAGCAAAAGGGUGUUCUAGUGGGCAGCAGUAGUUUCUCUAAGUCGGCCCGUCAGAAGUGGCAGACUCUAGAGAGGAGGAUCCUAGACAUUGUCAUGCAGAGGAUGACCAUCACCAACGUAGAGGCCGACAUGGACCGACUCAUCAAGGUACUGUGAUGAGGUCACUUCCUUUGCACUUUAGUCAGACUUCCUCUUCACUUUUAGUGCAUUGUGAUGCAGUUACAACUCAUUAUUAAUGACUUCAUUCACUUACCAGUUUACUUACUUAAAAAAUGCAUUGUUCCUUCCUGUCUGUUAAUGAUCGAGCUAACAUGUUUUUUUCUCUCUUGUGUGUGUGAGACAGAAGCGAGAGGAGCUGUCUGUGCAGCAGGAGGCGCUGUUGCGUAAAAGGCAGGUGCUUAUGGCUGAGGGGGAGGGGCCUGACGGGGAGGACCGCCUAGUCCAGGAAAUGAACGAGGACAUUGAGGUUCUGAAUGCAAACAUCGACUACAUCAACGACAGCCUAUCAGACUGCCAGGCCACCAUCGUUCAUAUAGAGGAGACCAAGGUGAGAACACACGCACACACAUUAGUGUAAAAUGUCCUAGUUCUGGUGUACGGAGCUCCGUGCAGACUACUGAAGCCUGGGUGUUUCCUGCAGGAUGAGCUGGACUCAGUGGACACCUCAGUGGUCAUCAGCUCCUGCUCUCUGGCUGAGGCCCGACACCUCCUGGACCACUUCCUCAAGGCCUCCAUCGACAAGGUAACUAACAUGGGCCACGACCCAGGACCAUCUGGUGGCUACAGUAGUUCAUAGGUUAUAGUCCAGAUAUAUCAUAACACAGACACAGUUCACAACUUGGAGAUAGUCCCUAUCAGGUCCUCAUCAGUUUACAAUUAUUUUAGCAAAUGUUGUGCAAAUGGACACCCGUUUCAGGGAGGGUUGGCCAGUAGUUAAUCUCUUGUGAAAAGUAAACUGAGAGAAUCUGUCGGGACUGAAUGGGAUGAGUAGGAUAGUUUGGUUUUUCGUCACUGGUUAUUUGGACAAAUCACUAUUUCACAGGUGUUAGCAUCUUUUUAAUUUGAAGGGGAGGGGACAUUCGGCCCGUAACUUGCAAAGAGAGAGGGGUGGAGCUCCUCAUUCCGGUUCCGCUCCUCGUUCUAGUAUUUCCUGAUUUAUUCUCUUAACAUGUAUGGACCCAGAACUUAAUCGAGCAGCUGACCAAUUACGUGAGACUUUAGUUCUGGGUUAACCGAGAUUAGCCAGAUGUAGUUGAUAGCUGUAUAGUUGAUAAAUGGUUGAAAUAGGUCUCCCUCUGCUGGUCUUUCCAGGGACUGCAGGAAGCUCAGAUCACUUGUAGGAAUGGUGUUAGUAACUAUAUUGUGUGUGUGUGUGUAUGCGUGUGCCUGUUUGUGUGUGUAUGUGUGUAGGGUUUACAGGUGGCUCAGAAGGAGUCUCAGAUCCGUCUGUUGGAGGGCCAGCUGAGACAGACAGAUAUGAUUGGCUCUGCUCAUAACCACAUCAUCCUGGACGCGCUGAGAGAGAAGGCUGAGUGUAUCCCCGAGCUGCAGGCACUCAUCCACAACGUACAGCAGGGUGAGGACACCCACCCACCCACACUCACUCACUCACUCACUCACUCACUCACUCACUCACUCACUCACUCACUCACUCACUCACUCACUCACUCACUCUCUCUCUUACUCACUCACUGUUUCUUCAUGUUUCGAUGUCUGUGUUCACAGAGAAUGGUUAUGUCAGCACUGACGAGGAGCCUUCAGAGUUUAGCCAGGCCUCUGAUGGCAGGUGAGACUACAUGAUCCACUUCUGGGUCCUCAUUUAUAACCAUUGCGUAAAUUUAACACUAAAUAUCUGUGUGCGUCAUUUCUGUAAAUUAUUGAGAUUUAUAAACUUUGUGUACACCAUAUAUACGCAUAUUUCCCAUUAUAAAUCAGACCUGUCGUAAAACAGUGCACACGUGAACAAGCAUCAUAAUUCCGCUUGAAAACGCCCAUAAUUCACCUUUUAUGGUGACAUAAACGCCCUUAUUUGCUGUAUACUUUGGAAGUAUUGGAAUUAGGCCAAGACAGGAUCUAAAGGAAAUAGCAAUGUUGAACUUUAUCAAAUUGCUUAUUUUGCAGUGACAUUUGCUGAAUCUGACCGUUUCAAAUAGUUGUAGACCUGUAAACAGAUCGUUUGAAUGCAAUAAUGUUUGCAUUAACUAUCCCGAACCUAAAUAUGUUGCACUGCUAGCGAACUCUGGUGUAAUAUAUUCUCCAUUUGCACAAGGCUACUACUUUUGCCUUCUUGCAAUACUUCAACCACUAGAAACAAUGCAUACGCAUGGUCUAAAGUUUGCGGGAGGAACUUGCACAUUGUCAAGUUAAAUUCAGUUCUUAUAAAUUCGAACUUUUGCGUGUGAACUGGUGCACGCAUGUUCUGGAGGAUAUUUAGUGCAUUGCCAACAUUUAUAAAACAAGGCCCCUAAACCUCACACCAAAUACUCAUCAUCACCCUUUUUGUGUGUGUUUACAUUUCUUGUUCUCUCUCUCUCUUCAGUGUGUCUCAGAUGAAGUCUUCAGCUAGUCAGGAUGACUUUAAGCUGAAGGUUCAGGUAGGUGAACAUGUGUUUCAGGUGUAGGCUACAUGGUGUCUGUCUCCUCGCCUCAGCAUUUCUUUCUUGAAUUUAUUUCAGUAUUCUGGAUGUUACUGACUUGUAUGACAUGUUUGUUAUGAGGAAUCCUCACUGGAAACAGUUACAGCGCCGGAGUUGAUUCUGUUGUCUAAACAAAGUAGAGGUUGUAGUUGUACUCAGCUGCCAGGAGAUGGCAGCCUCUGCACAUGAGUAAUUAUGGCUGUGAUAGUUGCCUUCACAGAACCCCAAGAUAACUAAACUACUCUUUCCCAAGCAGUGGAGGCUGCAGAUGGGAGGACGGCUCAUAAUAAUGGCUGGAACGGAGCGAGUGGAAUGGCAUCAAACAUGGAAACCGCGUGUUUGAUGUAUUUGAUACCGUUCCACUUAUACCGCUCCAGCCAUUACCACGAGCCCGUCCUCCCAAAUUAAGGUUCCACCAUCCACUUAUGAUCCAAAGGUAUAGUCUGUUCUAUUGAAUGCGUAAUUUGACAUCUUUCUUCCUACUCUUUCUGCCCCUCCUCCUCUCCUCUUCCCAGACUGAGCCCCGUCUGUCAGCCCAGAUGAAAGCGGUAUCGGCAGAGUACCUUGGUCCCGUGUUAGACCCGUCCACUAAGAACAUCACCAAGUCCCUGGCCUCCCUAACAGACAUCCAGGAGAACGGGGCCAGUAUGAGUGGCCUGAGCCUCACUCUCCCCAUCUUUAGAGACAGGGUGUCAAGGACCAUCAGCCUGCCUGUCCGGGGACACACCUUGUGAGUCUUAGGCUAUGGUGCACUGUUCCUUAAAGGGAGUUCCAAUAUGGUAGAUGGUGGCUUCAGAACAGCACCACUUGUUAACCAUCUAGGGAAUCUAUUUCUAUGGUCGCAGUAAUUGCCAAUGCUAAUGCUAGCUUGCUAUGGCUAUGGAUGGUGGUGUCACAUGCUAAUUCUAACAAUCUGCUACUGUAUGCUAAUGGUUAUUUUCUCUCUAUCGCUCUCACUCUCUUUCGCUCUGUGUGUGUGUGUGUAUCAGUCCCAGGCAGUCUCGGGGGGGUGACACCUCCCCUCUAACAAGGAGGAAGUCUUAUGACCGAGGCCAGUCUUACAGGUAGCUAACUCUCUCCCCCAACUAAUCACUAAUCAAUACAUUGUUUAGUUGAAUCUCCCUCCACAAUCCCUUUACCAAUGUUCCUGCAUUAUUGUAUUCCUUUUUAAUUAUGUAAAGUGUGUUGUGACACGUGAAAUGCACAUUAAAUUAAUCUGACUUGACCAAUCAAUCAAUCAAUCAAUCAAUCUGUUGAAUAUGAUACACAAACCCAAUGACUGGAAAACAAGCUGUUCUCAUCAUCUCCCGCAUCUCUCCAUCCACCCUCCUCCCCUCUCCCCCGCACCCUUCUCACCUAUCGCGCUCUCACAGAAAUGCUGAUGGGUAUACUCCCCCAUCCUCCCCCCCUCUCAGAACCAGAAAUGACCGCAAUGUCUUUUCAAGGCUCACCAGCAACCAGAGCCAAGGCUCUGCACUGGACAAGUAAGUACACACACACACACACUGUCACCUCGAAACACCUCAAUAAAGGGAAUAGGUUGCCAUUUGGAACUCACUGUAACAGAAAACUAAAUGAUACUGUAAUUUGGGGUAUUAUCAACAGUGAAAUACUUAAAAUGUAUAGGGGACAGACUGGAGUGGCAGCAAGUCUUAAACCUUAAAUGGUUGAGCAUUUUACCAUGUCCUUUUGGUCUGUAGUCACUGCCAGUUUGGAAGCCUUUGUCUAUAAGUGCAAGUGAUAUAAAACACCAAAUAUUAAUUAAUAUACUGUAAUGUGUAAACACUUUACCUAGCAGCCAACCUGCUUGCACCAAUCCCUUGUAAUUACAGUAAAAUACUGUGAAAUACAAACUUCUCCCCUUAAUAAAUGUAAUUCAUCCAUUCAUUCAUUCAUUCAUUCAUUCUGAUUACGGUAGCAUUUACUUUUUUACAGUAUAAUACAGUAAAUGUUAUGGUAUUGUACACAGUACUUGCUUUGAUACCGUAUUUAUAUUACAUUAGGUGUGCUGUAAUAUGAAAUAGAGAAUUUUACUUGGCACUGAGCUGCCUGUAAGUUACUGUCAAAUUCCCGGCAACCCCUUUACAGUGUAGUGUUCCAUUCUUUUUCCAAUCAAUUCUAAUUCUCAACCCUGAAAAUGGCGGCAGUUAAUUCUCAGCCUCUAAAUUGUUUGUUUAAUUUAUAAUCUUUAUUAGGUUGUUGUGUUUAUUGAUCAGGUGUAGUAAGUUGUGGGUAAUAAGACUGUGUGUUUCCGUAUGUGCGUGUGUGUGCGUGCGUGCCUUUGUGUGUGUACUAGGGUGGUUGGUCUAUGGCUGCCUGAUAAUGCCUGUGGAUUCUCAUGAUCUAAACCAGUAGUUCAAUGAGCACAGAUUAACUUGUUAGCGUCCUCUCUGGGAUGUGUCAGCAGGCAGCCAUUUUGUUCUGAUUGAGUUGAGGGUGGUGGAUAGGGGGAUGGGAUAGGAUACAGUUGGGGGCUUGUGACUGCACCAUUAGGGGCAUAUUUCAGAAAUGUGUUACAUGACAUGGGUUAUUGUUAGAUAAUUGGUUUGAUAAUUGGUUUGAUGACUCCCGAGUGGCACAGUGGUCUAAGGCACUGCAUCGCAGUGCUAGCUGUGCCACUAGAGAUCCUGGUUCGAAUCCAGGCUCUGUCGUAGCCGGCCGCGACCGGGAGACCCAUGGGGUGGCGCACAAUUGGCCCAGCGUCGUCCAGGGUAGGGGAGGGAAUGGCCGGCAGGGAUGUAGUGCAUGGCGUUUGCAACGCCAGGGUUGUGGGUUCGAUUCCCACGAGGGGCCAGCUUGAAAAAAAAAUUAUAUAGAUAAUGUGGAUAAGAGCGUCUGCUAAAUGACUAAAAAUGUAAAAAUGUGAAUGUUUGCUGAGACUGGGAGGUUGAUCGAAUUUGGCCCACAUUGUGUUUGACAGUAGAGGAUGAGGUGUAUAGGCAGAGAUGGGGCUGGGAAGUUGGGUUUAUCAUGAGAUAUAGUUACAGCUCAUUGUUUUUCUAUGUUUUAUGAUGUUUAGCAUGGUUUUGACAUCAACAUGUUUUUGGAACAGUUUUACAUCCAUCUUGUAUGCUUUGACAAGAAUCAAUCCAAGUUAUUAUGUUUCUUUGCACACUGAGUGAUUUCACUUUGCUUUGGAGUUCACUUUGCUUUAGGUUUACUUUGCUUUGGGUUUACUUUGCUUUGGGUUUACUUUGCUUUAGGGUUACUUUGCUUUAGGUUUACUUUGCUUUAGGUUUACUUUGCUUUGGGUUUACUUUGCUUUGGGUUUACUUUGCUUUAGGGUUACUUUGCUUUAGGUUUACUUUGCUUUAGGUUUACUUUGCUUUGGGUUUACUUUGCUUUAGGUUUACUUUGCUUUGGGUUUACUUUGCUUUAGGGUUACUUUGCUUUAGGUUUACUUUGCUUUAGGUUUACUUUGCUUUGGGUUACUUUGCUUGGGUUUACUUUGCUUUAGGGUUACUUGCUUUAGGUUUACUUUGCUUUAGGUUUACUUUGCUUUGGGUUUACUUUGCUUUAGGUUUACUUUGCUUUGGGUUUACUUUGCUUUGGGUUUACUUUGCUUUAGGUUUACUUAUGUUUAUCCAUUUAUCCAACUUCCUCUUCUCAUAUCUUAUUGCACCACUGAUAUCUUGUUCUGGGAAUAUUCCUCAUUUGAGACAUCCCUGACACUGAGAAGAAAGCUGCUGAUCUGCUCCUGUCCCCACAAAACAAUGACAUCUGUAUAGUCUGGUACAAAACAUCCAUAUGGUUUAGUAGUUUCUGCAAAAACAAACAGGUCUGUUUAACAGCUGGACAGAAUUCUCCAGAAUCGGAAUAGUUGUAGUCUGAUUUCAAACCCAUCACACACACACCUUCUUAAAAUCAUUUCUCAGAGAUGGAAGGAUGCCGACGUUGCAAACAGCCUGAUUUCAUAUGGAGUACAAUUGCACAUUUGCACACUUACAAAAGCCAUGAAUCAAUAUGCUGGCCACUAAUAACCAUACCCCAUAAACCUCAUACAGUAUUAAAAAUCAAAUACUAUGGCUGAAUUUAUGGAGGUUUUGUUAUGUUGCCUUCCAACAGCUUUGCUCCCUACAGACAUUCUUCAUUUCCAACUGACAUUACAAAGCCUUCUCUCUCACAGUAACAAUCCUGUGAAGUGAACAAUAAAAUAUUUAUAUGAUGCGUCCAAAUGGCACCAUAUUCCCUUUAUAGUGCACUACUUUUGACCAGAAAGGGAAUAGGGUGCCAUUUGGGACCAUAGUGUAAAACUGGCCUUUUAUUGCAGUGUUUUCCCUAGUUUACAACUCCGGGAAUAGGCGGUACGCCAGAACAGAUCUUUCCCACAGAGACAGCUAACUAAGAGUGGUGGGUUCUCCUGUGACGUCCAGUCUGAUUGACAACCCUGUCCUCCAAUCAACUGCCUUCUCCCUGCUGAUAACCCAAUCCCCUCUCCCUGGCCCGCCCCAUCCUCCUCCUUUACUUCCUGGUUAUUGGGAAACCCCACCCCCAAUCCCAGUAACCCCUCCCUCUCUAAUUGCACUUCUGUUUUAUCCCUUACUGUACUGUAGGUAUCCCUUCCUUCUUUAAUCCAGACCCAAACUGCUAAACCCUCCUAUUGUAAACCCUCCCGCCAUGGACUAGUCUGAGUGCCAUGCCAUCUCUACUACUUUAUGUCUUGUCACAUGCUGAAACAGGCUGUCACUCAGGCAAGCCAUAGUCUAGGAGGCAAAUCUCUGUAUUGCCUAACCCUAACCUGCAUCUUUACCUUACCAGUAUAACCCUUCCUCCUCUAGCCAUAGCGCUCAACUUGCUCCUAACUGCCCUUGCUCCUAAUUUCCUCUCCUCUUCUGCUCCCAAACCUGCUCCUACUUCUUUUAACUUUGCUCCUAACCUCCUUUCCUCUCCUCUCCUGCUCCUAACCGUAACCUUGCUCCUGUUCUGUCUUCAGGUCGGAUGACAGCGACUCCUCUCUCUCGGAGGUGCUCAGGUAG